AUGCAUAAUUGGAGAAAAGCAAUGGAAGUAUUUAAUACGCAUGUUGAUGGUGUAGCUAGUGCUCACAAUGAUGCAAGAACACAACUUGAGGCUUUUCAAAAUCAACGACAAAGUUUGCCUUUCCGUGGACAUGACGAGUCAUUGAGUUCCUCAAAUAAAGGUAACUUUCUUGAAUUGAUUGAGUGGUAUACCCAAAGAAAUGACGAGGUUGCUAAGACAAUGAAUGAAAAUGCCCUUGGAAACAAUCAAAUGAAAUAUCCAACAGUUCAAAAGGAUUUAACACGGGCUUGUGCUGCUGAAGUCACAAAUUUCAUUCUUAAUGAUAUAAAAGACAAUAUAUUUUCUCUUAUGGUUGAUGAGUGUCGAGACAUUUCAGUCAAAGAGCAAAUGGGAGUUGUUUUAAGAUACGUGAACAAACAUGGAUGUGUUAUUGAAAAAUUUCUUGCUAUUGUACAUGUGUCUGAUACUUCUGCUAUUUCUUUGAAGAAGGCUAUUGAUGAAUUGUUUGUAAAACAUAAGUUGUCAUUAUCAAGAUUGAGAGGUCAAGGAUACGAUGGAGCUUCAAAUAUGCGAGGUGAGUAUAAUGGAUUGAAGGCUCUCAUAUUGAAGGAAAAUUCAUCUGCAAGUGCUUCAUGCAAAAGAAAAGAUAAGUUUAGACAACUUGAACAUGAUAAACUUGUAGAAUGUUUGGAGAAAGGAGAUAUUGUUAGUGUGCUUGAAAAUGUGUAUGAUGAUAACACUAAUGAUGAUAAUAAUGGUAUCACCGCCAGUUUGAUUGAUAAGAUGGAGAGUUAUGAAUUUGUGUUUGUGAUGCAUUUGAUGAAAUCUUUAUUGGGAAUCACAAAUGAAUUGUCGCUUGCCUUACAACAAAAGGAUCAAAAUAUUGUAUUGGCUAUCAGUUUGAUCAAGACAAUGAAAGUUCUUGAUAUGAUGGUUCAAGAGAUGAAUAAUCAGUUUUUAGAACCAAGUACGGAGGUUUUUACUUGCAUUGCUUGUUUAUAUCCAAAGGACUCUUUUUCUCAAUUUAAUAUUGGUAAGUUACUCCGCCUUGCUAAACUUUAUCCGGAGGACUUUUCAUUGACCGAUCGUGUAAUACUUGAGGACAAACUUGAGACUUACAUUCAAAAUGUGCGAGGUGAAUUUUCUAUGAUUAUAUUGAAGAUUUGGGAAGUCUUGCUAAAAAGAUGGUUGAAACGGACUGAUUUGCGUAAUAGGAUGGGGGAUGAGUGGAUGAAUGACAGUUUGGUAGUAUACAUCGAGAAGGAUAUUUUUGCCACAAUUGAAAAUGAACAAAUUUUACAACAUUUUCAACAGAUGAACACUCGUAGGAUACAGUUGCCUCCUCUUUUGAUCAUCCAAGAUCUCCAAGGAAAACUACAUGUUGAUCUGUUCGGAGGAGUCGUCGAGCAGUGGUACUUUUCUUUUCGGUCCAUCCUGGACAAGCGCGUCCUCUAA